AUGGCCAACGCAUGCAAAGUUAUCUCUUCUCUGCUCGCAUUUGGUCUUAUUGACCGAUGCUGUGCGGACGACAAUGUUACAACAGUAACCUACACGCCCAUUACCGAGGAAUGGACCGGCUCCGGGACCAACCUGACCGUGACCUUUGAUAUCAGCAAAUCAAAUCAGAACUCUUGCUCCCUCGUGUAUGGCACCGACUCUGACGGGACCUAUGUCGAAGGGUAUGCGUACGAGGCCACAACGAGUGGUGAGAACUGUGACACGACUGCGGAGAAGAAGACUAUCCUUUCUAUCAUGUCUAUUUUCAAAUUCGUUUCAUGGCCCCGCAAUGUGGCAGUGAGGGAAUUGAGAGUUUUGUGCAAUAUGCGAGUGACGUUUGUAUUUGCUUCGUUGGCAGCGAUCCAGCCGGUCGUCUGUCAAUCUAGUUUUAACGGGGCCGGAGACUAUAACCUGUCAACGGCUACGAGGAGCCCCCAUUCACAAGACUUAAACCCUGAUGGCAGUCAUCCCUCGAGGCGAUUUGGAGAAUGGAUACUAAAGCGCGAUACCACGAUAAUUUCGGAUGCAGUUACGUCGACCACCGCUACUGAGACUGUGACAUCCGUGACAACGACCAGCCGUUCCGAUGCAACGACAACCUCAGAAUCCACGACUACAUCGAGCACCUCGACGACCGCUUCCUCAUUUACGACAACCACUGCAGGAACAACGACAACAUCCAGUACCUCCAGCACCACCACCACAUCAUCCUCAUCGACAUCCACCGCUGCCUCAACCACAACAAACACAGCAACGACGACAACGACAACCUCUACAACCACACCAUCCCCUACCGAAUCUGCUGAAUUGAAAGAAUGGAACCACCGCGGCACCAUCGCCGCCAUCGUAACCUUCAGCAUCCUCGGAUCCUUCUUCGUAUGCGCCUGCAUCGCGCGAUGCUUCCGCAAUCGGGUGAAGAAACGGCGUAUCGAGACGAGGGAUCAACCUGAUCAAGAAUCUUCGCUCUCCAGGUUGGCCCCGAGGCCCGAGAACGGAACAUCAGCGAGCCAAUUGAAGGUGGAUCGCGAGUCCAUCAUGUUCUGCGAUGAGAGGAGCGUGCCGUCUUUGUCGGGGCAACCCUGUUGGCAGGGGUCUAUAGGACAUUCGUCCAUGCCGUCCGAGGAUAUGGGUCGGUCUAUGAGUAGUGGAAGGCAUACGCUGUUGGGUGUGAGGGAGCAGCAUGGGACAGCGGAGGUGUGA